AUGUAUCCCGACAGGAUGCAGGCUCUCGGUAGCCAGAUAGGCUACAAGGCCCGCAACAUGGCCCAGCUUGACCGGCCCGCCAUCGACAUCAGCCUCGACGGACAUGGAGCCCACCAAUCCAAGUUUGUCAUGAGCUAUUCCUCCAUGGAUACCCUUCAGGGGACAGUAACAAUUACUGCACAGCGCGACACUCGCUUCGAGGACAUAGAUAUCGCAUUUACAGGCACUACUCGCGUAUAUGUCGACAGGAUGACGUCUACACCUACCAUGACGGGGCGGACAGAGGCGAAGCACCGCUUCUUGACCCUUAGGCAGCCUAUAGACAGAUCGAGUUUCCCCAAUCCAAGAGUCUUUGAAGCAGGGAGAGCCUACAAGUUCCCCUUUACCUUUACCAUCCCCUCGCAAUUACUGCCAAAAGCCUGCUCUCACGACGUCGUCUCUGACCACAUCCGGGAAAUGCACUUGAUGCUUCCUCCCAGCAUUGGGGACGCUGACCUUGCCGGCUAUGGAAGUACAUUGCUCGACGAUCUAGCCCCCGAAAUGUCAAAGAUUACCUACGCCAUCCAAGUCAAGAUUGCGCACUUGUGUCGAUCUGAAGGCAUCUCGGUGCUUGCCGACAAGAUGAAAAAAGUCCGCGUCAAGCCCGCAUUUCCAGAGCAGCCCCCUCAGAACAUCGAUCACAAUGCAGAAUAUAGACUACAUCAGGAGAAGACGGUUAGAAAGGGACUUUUCAAGGGAAAGCUUGGAACACUUUCAGCCAAGACCAUCCAGCCACCGCCUCUCGUCAUUCCCGGUGCCCGUUCAAUUCAGGGCAGACCAAUCACUGCCAUGGCCAAACUGGUACUACGCUUCGACCCAGCUCAAGAGCUCAAUGCCCCACCCAAAUUAGGCUCGCUGGCGACCAAGCUGAAGGUGUCGACCUACUAUGCCUCAGCUCCUCGAAAGAGCCUGCCGACAAGAUCGACACUGGGAUUCGAUCUGUCUCAAGGUCUGUACUCUGAAUAUGUACCCAUCUCCAACCUUUGCAUUGCUUCUGCCCAAUGGGAAAAGCAUGACGCUAGCUCCAACCCCUCUGCAGCGGGUCUGAUGCGACGCGACUCUGGAAUCAGCGACUGUUCAACAGCAAGCCAAAGCGAAGCGGCGUUCGCUAUGGGUAUUCUGCCUGCGUCCACGGAUUACAAACAGGGUACUUUUUAUACGACCCAGGUCCUCGUGCCUAUCGCCUUGCCUACCACACGUAACUUUAUACCAACCUUUCAUUCCUGCCUCAUCUCACGGACUUAUGCUCUCGCAUUGCAAUUCUCCACGCACAGCAGUUCGAACCUGAAUCUCAAAGUCCCAAUUCAGAUUUGUGCCGAGGGCAGCGACACCGGUAUUGAGAAUGCCCGUGCACGCAGUGUAGAACAGAGCGCGUUCAGAUCAGCAGCCGACGUGUUGGCACCGAGAAGCGUAGCACCUCCUACGCAAUCUGAGGCCACUCCAAGUGCAAGUAUUGCAACAAGGGAAGAGAUGCCCCCGGAUUAUUCAGCUUUCGCACCGCCUUCUUUGCGAUACAGUGUAACCCACUCUGUGGUGGCUUAA